CAUUGAAUUCCCGGAACAUUUUUGUGUCGCCCCUUACUCGCUUCAUGUUCAAUGCCUUACGAACUUUAGUCUCUGAAAAUCGAUGUCGAUUUGUGGAGGCAGGUAUCAACCUCGACCUGAGUUACAUCACCAAUAAGAUUAUCGCCAUGUCAUUCCCUUCGGAUGGUUUGGAAGGAUUCUACCGUAAUGCUUUUCGAGAUGUAAAAAGAUUUCUUGACAAUCGCCAUGGUGGUCAUUACAAAGUAUUCAACCUACGAUCCGAGAAAUUAUACGAUGGCAAACGCUUCGAGGCACCUGUGUCAGCUUAUCCGUUUCCAGACCAUCAACCACCUCCCUUUGAAUUGCUGCUACAAUUUUGUCAAGAAGCAGCUGCUUGGUUUGCACAAGAUAGAGCCAAUGUCAUCGUGGUUCAUUGUAAGGCGGGCAAAGGUCGGACAGGCACUAUGAUCGCAUGCUUAUUGCUAUACCUUGGUGAGGCAAGGAAUGCCAAUGCAGCUAUCGCCUUUUAUGGUGCCAAACGGACAAGUGAUGGCAAGGGAAUCACUAUACCCAGUCAGAUCCGAUAUAUUCAGUAUUUUGAAAAGACGCUGGCGUCCAAGGAUCCUGCAGCUGGGUUGGGAGAAGAUCCGCUCCGCCUGUCACAAAUCACACUCUACAACACCCCCAAAAGUUACAGAAACAAUCAAACUGUUGCUUUUACUGUCUUUUAUAAAGAUGCAAAGAUUUACGAUCAUCGCCAACCCAAGUGUACAGUAUAUCGACAUGCGAAUGAGAUCAUAAUUGGCAUGCCGGAUCUGAAGCCACUGCAAGGAGAUUUCAAAGUGGCCUUUUAUCGAACAACAUCCUAUCUGAAUAACGCACCUCGCUCCAUCUGUCAUGUUUGGCUGAAUACACGAUUCACUCAACCUCCCCCUGGCCAAGAUACCAUCACCAUCAAAUUCCCAAAAACGGAAAUUGACGGAGCUUACAAUGAUGAUUUGCAAAACGAGUUUGACGAUGAUUUUAUUAUAGAGCUCACAUUUACAAAUGCAAUAUAACAUCAUGGAACAAAUAUGUGCGAACUGUGCAGAAAAGUCUGAAAUGCAGUUAAUUUUAUUAUUUUUGGACACUGCAUUGACACUAGGUGUUUAUGCACUGACUACUGGAUGGUCAGUACAACUGGGCAAGAUGAGAAAAACAGGAACAUGAACAGGACAAGAAGAACAAGAGACUAGGAUAAGAAGCAUACAGUAAUUCCUAACUAAGACAGUUCUGUCUGCAAGUUUAAAGAUGUUUCUCGAUCAAUCUGUAGUAUUUUAGCUGUAAAUCAUGACAAAUAAAAGUGCAG